AUUAAGCACCGGUGUUUUCUCCCAAAAUUUCCCUCUCUCUCUCUCAUUCUCGAUCUCACCAUUUUCAGACACUCAACACCAUUUUCUCAACUCUUCAGACCUAUUAUCCUUUCAUUCAAAACAAAAUUACAACUUGAGAGUUGAUGGCUGCUCCACCGGCAAGGGCUCGUGCCGAUUAUGAUUAUCUCAUAAAGCUUCUCUUGAUUGGUGACAGCGGUGUUGGAAAAAGUUGUCUCCUUCUGCGUUUUUCUGAUGGUUCUUUCACUACUAGUUUCAUCACAACUAUAGGCAUUGAUUUUAAGAUAAGAACCAUUGAGCUUGAUGGCAAACGGAUCAAGCUCCAAAUUUGGGACACUGCAGGGCAGGAGAGGUUUCGGACAAUUACAACUGCGUACUAUCGAGGUGCAAUGGGCAUAUUGUUAGUCUACGAUGUUACAGACGAAGCAUCAUUUAGCAAUAUCAGGAAUUGGAUUCGCAAUAUUGAGCAACAUGCUUCAGACAAUGUUAACAAAAUACUGGUGGGGAACAAAGCUGAUAUGGAUGAAAGCAAAAGGGUUGUGCCUACAUCCAAGGGUCAAGAACUGGCCGAUGAGUAUGGAAUUAAAUUCUUUGAAACUAGUGCAAAAACAAAUCUAAAUGUUGAGGAAGUUUUCUUCUCAAUAGCAAGAGAUAUAAAACAAAGGUUGGCUGACACGGACUCGAAAACAGAGCCAUCAACAAUCAAAAUCAACCAAGACCAAUCAGGAGGAGUUGGGGAAGCUGCCCAGAAAUCGGCUUGCUGUGGUUGAAGACAAAUGUUACAAAAUUAGAGGCAACAUUACUUUCCAAGAACAUGGAGGAAAAAUUACAUGUAUAAUGAUCAUGAUGCUGACUUGCACUUAACCUUCUCAUUCUUCGUGAAUUUGUGUGUGAUAAGUAGUGUCUGAACCUUUUAACAAGUAAUCCAAAACUCCAUGUAUCGUGGAGAUUGCAUGUCCAACUUUCUAUGGUGGGGACAUGAGAUUCAUUCAAUAUUGAUUUUUUUUUCCAAUGUAUAAUAGAUGCAACGACUUGUGUUGGGCUGGAACACAUUUUCAAAAUUUGUUCUCUGCCAUCAGGCAUUGCAGUGAAAUAUAAAUGCAUGUGAAA